GUGAAUAAGAUGGUUCGUAUGUCAGAACAUAUUUUCAAUGCGAAAUAUUUGUAAACGCUGUUGAAAAUUUUAUUCGCACAAUUGAAGAGUAUUUCGCAAUACAUAAAAUUAACCGACUAUGUGAUUGAAAAAAUAAUUUUUAAGUAUAUUAACUUUUCUAUUUUACAACUCACGGCACGUUUAUGAAGUACGAUAUAUUUCGAAGAAUUUUUUCAAAUUCCAACAAAACUAAAUUCGAGAUGACGAAUUAUCCAGGUAUGACGUUGAAUAAUGAAGUCAGAGAAAGCCUGAGCCUUGAAGAAGAUGAUUUGAGUGAUGUUGAAGACGAAGUGUUCAUAAGAGAUGGCAAAAAUAGUUACAAGACCGCAGAAGAAAUUUAUGUCAAAAGACCGUUGAUGGCUCCUAGAAGGAAGACGGCAAGACAAAAUCUUGCGAGAAAGAUGAGAAAUAAACCACCUUGCAGAGCGUUCUGUAAACCCUGCUGCUAUUUCUUAGCAGCCCUAAGCGUUCUUAUAGGUCUUAUAGUUCUUGUGAUAAUACUUGUAUCCAUAUUUCCACUACCUUUGGAUAGGAUACACGACUGGAUAGUUUCUAAGUUUGUAGCCAAUGAUCCCUAUGGUCCCUAUAUCAAGUUGCUGCCUUGCAGUGACUAUAAAAUAACCGAUGUGUGGAGUGUUAACUUACCAAAACUCACCACUGAUUCUCCUGUAUAUUUGUUAGACAUCGACAAUGAUGGAGUGAAAGACGUUGUGUUUGGAUUCGGAACAGGUGACAACUACGAUAUCCUUCCUCCUGAUAUAUUUUGCUCUAUUUUUAUGGGGGUAUCUCCUCCAUGUGAAGGGGGACUAAUUGCUUUGAAUGGCGUAACAGGUGAAAUUUUGUGGAGGUAUUGGACGAAUGAUACGUUUUAUUUCAUAAAUUGUUCUGAAGAUAUCAACAAAGAUGGAUUGAAUGAUUGUUUAGUUAUUGGGACCAGAGGGACGAUCAGUUUAAUAAACACAAGAAACGGUACUGCUCUAUGGAAAAUCCAGUAUACAGAAGAAGAUAUCACAACUGGAAGCUUCAUACAAGAUCAAAAUAAUGAUACUAUAGCUGAUGUAUUGGCAGUACACACCAGUUUAUUAGAAAGCGAGGGGCAUGUUCUGUUAAUAUCUGGAAAAAAUGGAGAUGUCAUAUCAAAAGUUUCUACUGGUAUAAAAUCUUUCUACAUGCCCCAAAUUUUGCAAAGACCAGAAGAAGAUUACGUAAUAUUAGGCAAUGGCGGGCCAUCGACACCAGGAAAACUGAGUGUUGCAAAUCUCAAAUCUUAUCUCUUCUCUCCUGAGCCAAAAAAGAACGUCACAAUAUACGAAGACAAAAGCAAUGGCGUCUUUAUACAAUCAGUUCUGGUAGAUAUCAACGGUGACCAAGUACCUGAUAUCAUUUCAGCGAUGUAUAACUCUACAGUUGUGGCUAUCGAUGGAAAAAAGUUAUCCCAGUUAUGGAAUUUCACUCUACCCAAGUCACAGACCAAUACUGUACCAAUACCAUGUUUUUUCAACUUCGACAACAUUACGGACUUCAUGAUAAUUUACGAAACAUAUGAUAGUAUACUGAAGUACAACUAUACUCAGACUUUUAUUCUCAACGGACUCACUGGUAAACCGAUUUAUAAAGAACCAAUCAGUGAUAGUAUUGUUACCCAAAUGGGUGGAGUUUCGUUGAGCAUGGAAUCCUAUGGAUAUGACAUGUUUCUUUUUUGGACUUCCGAAUGUAAGGGCAUCGACGUAUACAAAAAUCUGGAUACGUCUCCUAUGGGCGUUCAUGCUCAUCCCUUGUUUGAGAAUUGCCACAAUCAAGAAAACACAACAGCUAUCUUGAAACUGAAUAUAUUGAAUCAAUUCGACCAACCCCCUGGUGCAGAAAUUUACAAUUCCCUAAACCGCAGCAUCUUGGAAUUCAACAAUACAAAAUCACCGAUGCAAAUAAUCAAAGAGUAUUUUAAUAGUCAUCCCAAACUAGCUACAAGAUUGAAGGGACAGGCAGAAGUCGGAGAGGGCUACGAUAAUAAUAAUGCAGGCAUGAUUGGUAUUCAUAAAUAUGGCAAUUCGAAUUUCAGACAUAAGGAUAACAGGAAAGGACUGUUGAAAGAUUUUUCCACAUCGGGAAGCUUUGGAAAUUAUCAGGAUGUACACGACAAUAAGAAAUCAUACAAUCCAUACUAUGAAUCACGAGCUAACACACCUGAAGAUUCCGAAGACUAUGGUAACGAUGAAGAGACUAAUAAAGAGAGGAAUCUUGUGUUGAAAGAUAGAUCUAGAGAUCCUCGAAGUAAACCCGAUCAUGAAGAUAUUGAAACGCUGGAAACACCAAGUGACACCAAUCAAAAAAUUGAAAUCGGCGACAAACCUGUGCACAUAGGAAGCAUUUACGACCAUAAAAAUUUACAAUUGGCCAAAAAUAGAUUGCUUCACGAUCUCAACAAUUCUCCGGAUGAAAUUCUGAGUGACACCUUCUACAAGAACCUUGAAAACAGGCUCAGGACUUCUAAAUUUGAACAGAGGGAUCUUAGUGCCCACAGCAAUAAGAAAGCGGAAGAACUGAACAUAAAUAAGUUUAUAGAGGAGCACAAGAAGCUGCAAAAGAACGCUACCUUCAAUUUGUGGAACUUGGAGUCUGAGAAGGAAGAAGAAGACAGGAGGAAUAAUUACUGGAGGAGCAGCAGAAGAAAGAGAAAUGUUGGUAAUACGGUUUUUGGCAAUUUGAGAAAGGUUACUUCAGUUGGUGCAAUCACAGAUUCUUUUCAUAAAAUCAACGGUUCAAAUUCUAUAGAUGUCAUAUUUUUAACAUAUUGGCAGCCAACCAAAUAUGAGCCGAGAAAAAAUUUAGAAGAAGAACUAGCUGAAUGUGUCGAAGAAAAAUUAUCUUCUGAAGCACAACGUCAGCAACAUCACAAGACCACAGAGGAGGAGAAGAGAAAUCUGUUCUUCAAAGAAUGCGUGUUGGAAGAGAGCAAUUUCAAGCGAGAUUUUCCAUAUUUCAAUGACGUAUACAAAUUGAAUUUAGGCCAGAUGACAGUUUACAGGCUCAGGAUCGAAUGUCAAUGUAAUCUCGCUAAACGUAAUGAAAAAUGUGCCAAAUUUCUACCGGAUUCUGAGCAGAGCUGGCCUUCAUUCCUUGGUAGAAAAGGCGAUGGGGCCUUCUUUGUGAAAAAUCGGAGUAAACCAUAAUAAUUGAGAUGGUUAUAUUUCAAAUUUUCAUUUUGUUUUAUUUGAAAAUGAGCAGAAAAUGCAAAAAGAGUGAUUCCUGAAUUCUUUCUAUAAAAUGAAAAAAGUGUCAAUAUUUUGCUGAUUACUGUAUAAUUCAUUAUAAAACUUCCAUUGCAUUCAUAAUUUGCGAAUAUACAGGGUGAUUGAUUGAUGGGUUUUUGAAAUCGAAAACUUGCUCACUCGUGGCCUGUUGGUGAUAAAUAUUCGCUUGAUAAAUAUGAGGUUCUUACUCAGAUCAGGUUCAACUUACGUUCCAUCAACACUCUAGCAAAGUUAGAGCGCAUACGGUGAAGAGUUGAAGACCCUAAUUUGGGCUGGUCGCUAUCACUGAGUUGGUAAUAUGCUUUUAUCUACUCCUAUUGAAUUAUAUAUUCAUUGCUUUUGAGCAAUUAAUAGUAUAUUUUAACGUGAGUUAUAAUAACUCACUAUAAUAAAACGGAAAAGAUGGCUCUGUGUGUUUCUAUUCGGUUGGCCGAAACGGAACAUUCCUUUAUUGUUAUUGAGGGGAGGUAUGUCACUUCGAUAAUUUUGACGUUUAUAGGUAACUUUUGGGGUUUGCCACUAAAGUGCUUUCUCUAUUCUUAUAUUUCUGUAUUUAUUGAUAUAGUCCUAGAUAAACUAUAUUAUUCAACUUGCGGUAAUGGUCAUAACUCACUUGAUGAAUUACAGCUGCAAA